UCCGUACCAAGAAAUUAUAACAGAGAAGAAGUGGAAUCGAUCAGCAUUAAUUUAGUAGCCGCAACGGUUCAAUGUCUUUGGGAGUCCAUGAGUACUCGCACACUAGCUAUAAAAUCGAUCCUAUUUGUUCACCUAGUAUUCAGUACUAAACAAACUAAAAAAAAAUCUGUUUUUAUAAUUCUAGUACUUCAAUAGCUUUUGUUUCUUGUGAGUGAUUUUUGUCUUUGGGUAGUGAAUGGAGGAGAAUAAAGUGAUAGAAGUGAGAGAGUUCAACGCAAACAAGGACAUUCCAAGUGUUGAAGACAUAGAGAGAAGGUGUGAGGUUGGUCCAACAGGCCAAAUGUCUCUCUUCACCAAUCUUUUAGGUGACCCUAUUUCCAGAAUCCGCCACUCACCUUCUUUCCUCAUGCUGGUAGCUGAGAUGGUGGGUGAUAAUUCGGAGAAAGAGAUUGUUGGAAUGAUUAGGGGUUGCAUCAAAACCGUCACUUGUUCCAAAAAGCUCACCAGAAAUGGCAGUAAGUGUAAGAACAACAAUAUAGACACUCCAAAACUCAGCCCCAUUUGCACCAAACUCGCUUACGUUCUAGGUCUCCGAGUUUCUCCUUCUCACAGGAGAAAAGGUAUUGGGUUGAAGCUGGUUAAGGAAAUGGAGCAGUGGUUCAUAAAAAAUGGAGUUGAGUACUCAUACAUAGCCACUGAUAAAGAUAACAAACCCUCCCUUAAUCUUUUCACGCAAAAAUGUGAUUACACUAAGUUUCGAACCCCAUCAAUUUUGGUCCAACCUGUGUUUGCUCACCGAGUCAAGUUCCCUAGCCGAGUUACAAUAAUCAAACUCACCCCAUCUGACUCAGAGAGGCUCUAUCGCCACCGAUUCUCCACCACCGAGUUCUUCCCCAGAGACAUUGAUAGGAUUCUCGAUAAUAAACUCAAUCUGGGUACUUACCUAGCUAUCCCAAGAGGGUCGUUCUCGGCUGAGUCAUGGCCGGGUUGGAACGAGUUCUUAUGUGAUCCGCCCGAGUCAUGGGCAAUUAUGAGUGUUUGGAAUUGUAAAGAGGUGUUUACGUUAGAAAUAAAAGGCGCGUCACGUGCACGGCGCUUGGCAGCUAAGGCUACACGCGUGGUGGACAAGGCGUUACCGUGGUUGGAAGUGCCUUCGGUUCCUGAUGUUUUUAGGCCAUUUGGGUUGCUUUUUAUGUAUGGGUUAGGAGGUGAAGGUCCACGUGCAGGGAGUUUGAUGAAGGCCUUGUGUGGCCACACGCAUAACUUGGCAAAAGCUAAUGGUUGUGGAGUGCUGGUGACUGAGGUGGCAAGUGGGGACCCGUUGAGGUUAGCAAUACCACAUUGGAAGAGGCUAUCUUGCGCCGAAGAUGUAUGGUGCAUCAAAAGACUUGCGGGGCAUUAUAGUGAUGGGCCUGUUGGUGAUUGGACCAAAUCCCAACCUGGCCUUUCCAUUUUUGUGGACCCUAGAGAGUUCUAAAAUUUGAGUGACUCAAUUAAAACUCACACUGCCCGUGUUCACUCUAAACCCAAGUUCACAAAAUGCUUGAAUAUCAACUUAUAUUUGGAUUUUGGAACAUGACGAGUACUUGCUAAAAAAUUAUUUAAAUAUGCCACCAAUUACAAAGGGACACUUUAGCAUAUCGUGAAUUUGGGUGUGUUCCUCAAGUUACUUGAACUGUAACUUAUAUGUGACUUGUAUGGGCUUUUUUUUGUCGUUGUAAAGUGUUUUUACCUUUCAAUGUA